CAAUGUUAGCAAAACAACUAGCAAUCUCGAAGUGAACAGAAAUUAACUUAGUGCGAAAGAAGUUUAUCGGUAUUCGAUGCAACAACCGCCGCCUCCCGCGAUGGAUCCCAGCAUCCGGUUCUUCCCGCUGAUCAGCUCCAUCCAGAAGGUGGCCCUGUUCGAGACGAAAUCCAAACUCUACCUAAUCGGGAGCAACAGCCGCGAGACGCGCUUCCGGCUGCUGGAGAUUGACCGCAAAAAGCCGGAACUGACGAUCCACGAGGAUGCGAACGAGCUGGAGAAGGGCGACAUCCGCAAGUUUGUCCAGUCGCGGUCGUUUAUCCGGUCGAUCAGCGCGUACGGGGUGUUGGGGUUCGUCAAGUUCCUGGAGGGAUAUUACCUGAUACUGGUGACGAAGCGGACGCGGUGUGCGUUCAUUGGGAAGCACAUUAUCUACACGAUUAAGGACACGGCGAUGAUCCGGGUGAAUGAGCCGCCGGCCGGGAAGCAGAUUCAUCCGCUGGAGCAGCGUUACGUGAAGAUGUUCAGCAAUGUGGACAUGAAGAGUAACUUUUACUUCAGCUAUAGCUACGAUUUGACGCGGAGUCUGCAGUACAAUCUGUCGGAGCCGAGAUAUGUGGGGGUUGAUAGUGACUUUGAGCGCGAUGAUCCGCUGGUUUGGAAGGCAUCGCCGGGGGAGCGGACGACGUACGGGUUUCGAGGGGUUCCGCGGAGUCGGUUCGUUUGGAAUACUUAUUUGUUGAAGCCGAUGGACUGUAUUCUGCACCGGGACUGGAAGCUGGAGGUUAUUCACGGUUUCAUCAGCCAGUCUAGCAUAAGCAUCUUUGGGCGGCCAAUUUACGUGUGUUUGAUUGCGAGAAGAAGCACCAGGUUUGCCGGGACGAGGUUCUUGAAGCGCGGGGCAAACUACCUCGGAGACGUUGCGAAUGAAGUGGAGACGGAACAGAUUGUCCUCGAUGGGACGCGGAUGAGCAGUUUCACGCAGCUGCGGGGUUCGGUUCCGUCGCACUGGUCGCAGGACGUCAGCAAAAUGGUGCCGAAGCCGCAGAUUGCACUGGAUUUGUCCGAUCCGUACAAUGAAACGGCCGGGAAGCACUACGAACGGUUGAUGUACCACCACGGAUCGCCUAUCAUCAUUCUGAAUCUGGUGAAGAAACGGGAGAAGCGACGCCACGAGAGCGUUCUGAGUGAUGAAAUGGUCGUCAGCGUUGACUAUCUGAAUCAGUUUCUUCCGCCGGACUUCCGGAUUCGGUACAUUGACUUUGAUAUGGCGAGGAAGAGUCGCGGGGAAGGCUCGGUCAUGGAAAGUUUGGCCAAGUACGCCGAGAAUGUGAUCCAGCUGACGGGGACUUUCUACCUGGACGAUAAGGAGAUUCAUCGACAGACGGGACUGGUGCGGGUCAACUGCGUCGACUGUCUGGACCGCACCAACACGGCACAGUUUGCCAUCGGGAAGUGCGUCCUCGCCCAUCAGCUGUACGAGAUGGGCUUCCUGAAGGAGCGUCGACUUGAGUUUGAAUCCGACUGCGUUACGAUGCUGGAGAACCUCUACGAAGACCACGGCGAUACGUUGGCGAUGCAGUACGGCGGUUCGCAGCUGGUUCACCGCAUCAAGACGUACCGAAAGACGGCCGCGUGGGCCUCGCAGGGCAACGACAUCAUCCAAACGUUGAGUCGCUACUGCAGCAACACGUUCAGCGACACCGAGAAGCAACACAGCAUCAACCUCUUUCUCGGAUACUACAUUCCGUCGGAAUCGGAAGUCAACAAAUCAACCCACAUCUGGGACCUCGAAACCGACUUUUACAUCCACAACGCCCAACUGGACGUAAUCCGGCAGAUAUCCUCGGUACCGCUGACUCAGUGGGUCCGACCACUCACCUUCCGCCAUCUUCCGCACCCGGCCAGCGACUGCAACCGCGUCGUACGCGAACUCAUCAAGAUUCACACUCCCGACGUAGAGAUCAUCGACUACUACUCCAACUUUUACCACAACUUCAAGCUCACUUCCUUCGAGGAACACAUCGCGUACCAACUCACCACCCUAGCCCGCAGCUUCGUCCCGACGGUCCGCACCAACUUCAGCCCGUUUGAACCGGUCCGGCGCCAACAGCAGAGUGCCGCCCUCAAGAACCCCUCCCUCACGGGAAAAUCCUCCACCGGAUCCACAAACAGUUCUUCCUCCAGCAUGGACGACGAUUCCGACACGGACGAGGAGGACCGCAGCGCCAAGACCGCACCCAACAGCAGUGCCAACAGCAGCCGGGCCGAAGACGGCGUCGUCACCAUCAACAGCAUGUUCCCGAGGACGGGCGAGGUGUACGGCUUCGAGAUCAAACCCCCGAAAAAGGCGGACAUGAUGAAGUACCAAAAGUACGUCCAGAUGAACCGGAUUUGCAACCCGCAAAAUUACACCGGCUCGGUGAAGGCUGACUCGUCGCAGCAGUACCAGCCACAGCAGCAGUAUCAAUCGCAACUGUCGCAGGCGGACGGAAUUGUGAUCAAGAACAACGAGAUCUACAUGCGCAAGGACGGGAGGCUGGUUGCGGCCGAGGAGGACAUUGCGAUUCCGACAGUUUCGGCGGAGAGUUUGGCGGUGUACGAGCGAUACUGCCAGAUGAGGCGGGAUCUGUUGGAGCAGAAGAGUGUCGAUCCGGUGAUUUUGGAGUACAUGGAUAUUUGUGAAUAAAAGUUAUUCGGUAUACUGUAAA